UGACAAUCUGCUAAAAUGGUCAAAGCUGGCCAUAUUAUAUUCUUGACUCAGCUUUUGGUCAUUGCACAUGCCAUAGACCUGAGCCAAUUCGAGGACUAUACUGAUAAUGAGGUUCAACCAAUCGAAACGGCUCUGAGCUUUCCCAGAGUAUCGAGGAAAGCCUCUUCAGUUGUUGGCCACAUUGAGAAAAUCGAUGUCAAAUGUGAUGCCGCCAAUGGCAUGAUAGUCGAAGUCGAAUUUACUGACCUAUUCAAUGGCAUCAUUUACAGUCAAGGUUAUUACACCGAUCCUAAGUGCAAAUAUGUUAAUGCCGGUGCUAACCAACGUAAUUUUGUAUUUAAAGUGCCCUAUGAAGGCUGUGGCAGCAAGCCAUCUUGCGCACUUUGUGCAUCAGUUGAUAAUAUCCUAAUCAUACAGAAUGAAGAUAAUAUUCAAGAUGGCUGGGAUACAGCUAGGAAAAUCACUUGCAGUCGCGGAGAUGAGCAUGAAAAAACUGUUUAUUUCAGACCCUUUGUUGUUGAUAUGCUGGAGGUAGUAUCGGUGGAAACACCAAGUGGACCAGUAGAAUGCUGGAUGGAUAUUGGAGUUGGCAUCCCUCCGAACAUAAAGCCAAUCAAUUACACUCUCAAGCUAGGCACUGAUAUUACGUUUACCAUAAAUGUUAAACAAAUGACACAAACUUGGGACAUAAAUAUUCUUCAAUGCUAUGCUUCGGAUGAUCCAAACUUUGAUGCGUCUACUACAAAAAAGAUACAACUUUCUGAUAAAAAUGGUUGCUCAAUAAAGCAUAAGCUUUUUGGAGAAUGGACAAAGUUUGAGUCAACUCCAACCAAAACAGUUACGUAUUACAAUACACUUAAAGCUUUCAAGUUUCCAGACCGCUCUCAGGUUUAUUUGAAAUGUGAUAUUGAACUAUGUAAUGGAGCUUGUAAAAGAGAUUAUAUAUGUGGAGAAUCAAUACAAGAGCUAUGUUAUUCUGGAUCAACUGAUCCACGUUGUUCCCAAGAGCAAAAAACGUCUAAACCUCCUCGAUGCUAUCCUGGCUCGUCAGAUCCCGAUUGCCAGCCUGCAACUUACUUCCCACCAACAACGGUUCGAGCAACAGUAACGACAUCACGGCCUGGAUGCUUUCCGGGGUCAACUGAUCCUCGUUGCCCACAGGAACCGAAAACUACUUCCGCUCCAAGAUGUUAUCCUGGAUCGAGCGACCCGCGUUGUCCACAGGAACCUAGGACGACUACAGGUCGGCCAACAAUAGCGACAUCUAGACCCAGAUGCUUCCCUGGAUCAUCUGAUCCUCGCUGCCCACAAGAGCCAAAAACGACUUCUGCUCCAAGAUGUUAUCCUGGCUCAUCAGAUCCCGAUUGCCAACCUGCAACUUACCUGCCACCAACUACAGUGCGGCCAAUCAUAUCGACAUCCAAGCCUAAAUGCUUCCCUGGAUCAACUGAUCCUCGUUGCCCACAGGAACCGAAAACUACUUCCGCUCCAAGGUGUUAUCCUGGAUCGAGCGACCCGCGUUGUCAACAGGAACCUAGGACGACUACAGGUCGGCCAACAAUAACGACAUCAAAGCCCAGAUGCUUCCCAGGAUCAACUGAUCCACGCUGCCCACAAGAGCCAAAAACGACUUCUGCGCCAAGAUGUUAUCCAGGCUCAUCAGAUCCUGAUUGCAGCUGACAACUUAAUUCCACCACUACUGAACCAAAGACUACUACAGUUCGGACAACGAUAUCUAGGACCAGAUGCUUCCCUGGAUCAACUGAUCCUCGAUGCCCGCAAGAGCCAAAAACAACUUCUGCUCCAAGAUGUUAUCCUGGCUCGGAUGAUCCCCGUUGCCCAGCACAGCAAACCACUACAUCCUCUUCAAGUUGCUAUCCCGGAUCAACGAAUCCUGAAUGCAUUAAUUGCUACCCUGGAUCACCAGAUCCUAGAUGUCCGAAGAUACCAACUACAAGAAAACCAGGCUGUUUUGAUGGGUCAACAGAUCCAAAUUGCCAGCCAGCUACCUACUUGCCACCAAUUAAAACAACAAAAAUACCGCAAAUCGACGCGACAACAAAGAAACCGAAUUGCUACCCCGGAGCGACUGACCCUCGUUGCCCACAGGAGCCGAGAACAACUUCCGCUCCAAGGUGUUAUCCUGGAUCGAGCGACCCGCGUUGUCCACAGGAACCUAGGACGACUACAGGUCGGCCAACAAUAACGACAUCUAGACCCAGAUGCAUCCCUGGAUCAACUGAUCCUCGCUGCCCACAAGAGCCAAAAACGACUUCUGCUCCAAGAUGUUAUUCUGGCUCAUCAGAUCCCGAUUGCCAACCUGCAACUUACCUGCCACCAACUACAGUGCGGCCAAUCAUAACGACAUCCAAGCCUAGAUGCUUCCCUGGAUCAACUGAUCCUCGUUGCCCACAGGAACCGAAAACUACUUCCGCUCCAAGGUGUUAUCCUGGAUCGAGCGACCCGCGUUGUCCACAGGAACCUAGGACGACUACAGGUCGGCCAACAAUAACGACAUCAAAGCCCAGAUGCUUCCCAGGAUCAACUGAUCCACGCUGCCCACAAGAGCCGAAAACGACUUCUGCGCCAAGAUGUUAUCCAGGCUCAUCAGAUCCUGAUUGCCAGCCUGCAACUUACCUUCCACCCACUACUGUGCGGCCAACAAUAACGACAUCCAAGCCAAAAUGCUUCCCUGGCUCUAAUGAUCCUCGUUGCCCACAGGAGCCGAGAACAACUUCCGCUCCAAGAUGCUAUCCUGGAUCGAGUGAUCCACGUUGUCCAAAGGAACCAAAGACUACUACAGUUCGGCCAACAAUAACGACAUCUAGGACCAGAUGCUUCCCUGGAUCAACAGAUCCUCGCUGCCCGCAAGAGCCGAAAACAACUUCUGCUCCGAGAUGUUAUCCUGGCUCGGAUGAUCCCCGUUGCCCAGCACAGCAAACCACUACAUCCUCUCCAAGUUGCUAUCCCGGAUCAACGAAUCCUGAAUGUAUUAAUUGCUACCCUGGAUCACCAGAUCCUAGAUGUCCGAAGAUACCAACUACAAGAAAACCAGGCUGUUUUGAUGGGUCAGCAGAUCCAAAUUGCCAGCCAGCUACCUACUUGCCACCAAUUAAAACAACAAAAAUACCGCAAAUCGACGCGACAACAAAGAAACCGAAUUGCUACCCCGGAGCGACUGACCCUCGUUGCCCACAGGAGCCGAGAACAACUUCCGCUCCAAGGUGUUAUCCUGGAUCGAGCGACCCGCGUUGUCCACAGGAACCUAGGACGACUACAGGUCGGCCAACAAUAACGACAUCAAAGCCCAGAUGCUUCCCAGGAUCAACUGAUCCACGCUGCCCACAAGAGCCGAAAACGACUUCUGCUCCAAGAUGUUAUCCUGGCUCAUCAGAUCCCGAUUGCCAACCUGCAACUUACCUGCCACCAACUACAGUGCGGCCAAUCAUAACGACAUCCAAGCCUAGAUGCUUCCCUGGAUCAACUGAUCCUCGUUGCCCACAAGAACCGAAAACUACUUCCGCUCCAAGGUGUUAUCCUGGAUCGAGCGACCCGCGUUGUCCACAGCAACCUAGGACGACUACAGGUCGGCCAACAAUAACGACAUCUAGACCCAGAUGCUUCCCUGGAUCAACUGAUCCUCGCUGCCCACAAGAGCCGAAAACGACCUCUGCGCCAAGAUGUUAUCCUGGCUCAUCAGAUCCCGAUUGCAAACCUGCAACUUACCUGCCACCAACUACAGUGCGGCCAAUCACAACGACAUCCAAGCCUAGAUGCCUCCCUGGAUCAACUGAUCCUCGUUGCCCACAGGAACCAAAAACUACUACCGCUCCAAGAUGCUACCCUGGAUCGAGCGACCAGCGUUGUCCCCAGGAACCUAAGACUACUACAGUUCGGCCAACAAUAACGACAUCAAGGCCCAGAUGCUUCCCUGGAUCAACUGAUCCUCGCUGCCCGCAGGAGCCGAAAACAACUUCUGCUCCAAGAUGUUAUCCUGGCUCGGAUGAUCCCCGUUGCCCAGCACCGCAAACCACUACAUCCUCUCCAAGUUGCUAUCCCGGAUCAACGAAUCCUGAAUGCAAUAAUUGCUUCCCUGGAUCACCAGAUCCUAGAUGUCCGAAGAUACCAACUACAAGAAAACCAGGCUGCUUCGAUGGCGCAACAGAUCCAAAUUGCCAGCCAGCUACCUACUUGCCACCAAUUAAAACGACAAAAAUACCGCAAAUCGACGCGACAACAAAGAAACCAAAUUGUUACCCCGGAGCGAGUGACCCUCGUUGCCCACAAGAGCCGAGAACAACUUCCGCUCCAAGGUGUUAUCCUGGAUCGAGCGACCCGCGUUGUCCACAGGAACCUAGGACGACUACAGGUCGGCCAACAAUAACGACAUCAAAGCCCAGAUGCUUCCCAGGAUCAACUGAUCCACGCUGCCCACAAGAGCCGAAAACGACUUCUGCUCCAAGAUGUUAUCCUGGCUCAUCAGAUCCCGAUUGCCAACCUGCAACUUACCUGCCACCAACUACAGUGCGGCCAAUCAUAACGACAUCCAAGCCUAGAUGCUUCCCUGGAUCAACUGAUCCUCGUUGCCCACAGGAACCGAAAACUACUUCCGCUCCAAGGUGUUUUUCUGGAUCGAGCGACCCACGUUGUCCACAGGAACCUAGGACGACUACAGGUCGGCCAACAAUAACGACAUCAAAGCCCAGAUGCUUCCCAGGAUCAACUGAUCCACGCUGCCCACAAGAGCCGAAAACGACUUCUGCUCCAAGAUGUUAUCCUGGCUCAUCAGAUCCCGAUUGCCAACCUGCAACUUACCUGCCACCAACUACAGUGCGGCCAAUCAUAACGACAUCCAAGCCUAGAUGCUUCCCUGGAUCAACUGAUCCUCGUUGCCCACAGGAACCGAAAACUACUUCCGCUCCAAGGUGUUAUCCUGGAUCGAGCGACCCACGUUGUCCACAGGAACCUAGGACGACUACAGUUCGGCCAACAAUAACGACAUCUAGACCCAGAUGCUUCCCUGGAUCAACUGAUCCUCGCUGCCCACAAGAGCCGAAAACGACUUCUGCGCCAAGAUGUUAUCCAGGCUCAUCAGAUCCCGAUUGCCAACCUGCAACUUACCUGCCACCAACUACAGUGCGGCCAAUCACAACGACAUCCAAGCCUAGAUGCUUCCCUGGAUCAACUGAUCCUCGUUGCCCACAGGAACCAAAAACUACUUCCGCUCCAAAAUGCUACCCUGGAUCGAGCGACCCGCGUUGUCCACAGCAACCUAAGACUACUACAGUUCGGCCAACAAUAACGACAUCAAGGCCCAGAUGCUUCCCUGGAUCAACUGAUCCUCGCUGCCCGCAAGAGCCGAAAACAACUUCUGCUCCAAGAUGUUAUCCUGGCUCGGAUGAUCCCCGUUGCCCAGCACCGCAAACCACUACAUCCUCUCCAAGUUGCUAUCCCGGAUCAACGAAUCCUGAAUGCAUUAAUUGCUUCCCUGGAUCACCAGAUCCUAGAUGUCCGAAGAUACCAACUACAAGAAAACCAGGCUGCUUCGAUGGCUCAACAGAUCCAAAUUGCCAGCCAGCAACCUACUUGCCACCAAUUAAAACGACAAAAAUACCGCAAAUCGACGCGACAACAAAGAAACCAAAUUGCUACCCCGGAGCGAGUGACCCUCGUUGCCCACAAGAGCCGAGAACAACUUCCGCUCCAAGGUGUUAUCCUGGAUCGAGCGACCCGCGUUGUCCACAGGAACCUAGGACGACUACAGGUCGGCCAACAAUAACGACAUCUAGACCCAGAUGCAUUCCUGGAUCAACUGAUCCUCGCUGCCCACAAGAGCCAAAAACGACUUCUGCUCCAAGAUGUUAUUCUGGCUCAUCAGAUCCCGAUUGCCAACCUGCAACUUACCUGCCACCAACUACAGUGCGGCCAAUCAUAACGACAUCUAAGCCUAGAUGCUUCCCCGGAUCAACUGAUCCUCGUUGCCCACAGGAACCGAAAACUACUUCUUCUCCAAAAUGUUAUGUUGGUUCAUCUGAUCCGCGUUGUCCACAAAGUCUAACAACUUCUGCAUCAAUACCAGAAACAACGCCAGUAUAUUGUUACCCAGGAUCUGUAGAUCCUCGCUGCCCUGAUACAUAUAAGGGUUCAACACCUAUUCCGGCUACAUAUUUACCGCCUCUAAGCAAUCCCGGCUAUGACAGGACAAUUCGAAACGCAAAAAGCCAACUUUUUAAUGAGAUCAACAAGUUAGCUCACACUGAUAACAAUGUUUUUGAGCUGGAAGACGAUGAAGAAGAUGUCUUAAGCAGAAAUAAACGCGAUGUAGAUAGCGUUGAUAUAAGCCCAUUGGGAUCUGCGGACCUAAGAGAAGAUCUUUUGUCCAGAAAAAUAAUUAAACGUGAAUUCAAUGAGAGGCCCCCAGAAAAGGAAGUUAUAUCGCUUACUCUCGGCAUUCGAACUGCGAUAACCGUCAAUUAAAGAAUGCUACCUUUUUGUAAAAAAAAACGUAUUACGACUAAAAACAUAUUUAUAUAUUACUGCAACUAUUAAACUUAAUAUAAUAUACUCAACUACAUGUGGUUGUAGCAGAGCGUAUGUAGUACAAUAAGAAGGUUGUAACAAUUGAUCUAUGCAAUUGAUACAUUGCAAAUUAGUACUUGGGUGCCAGAUGAAAUAUUUAAUUGCGUAAUUUAUCAUUUUUUCCAGAAUUCUUU